CAAAAAAAAAAAAUUAGAAAAACGAGGAAAGAAAAUUAUGAAACUUUCUAAAGAAAAGUUUCCUCGUCUUGAAAUAGGCACAACUGUACGUGUAACUAUACCAGACGUUGAUAGAGCUCGUGGUUCUCCGCGAAAUAUACUGGCAGUUGUCACCCAAGUUGAACAUGACUUAUACAAACUCUGCAGGGAACAUGGUUUUUUUAAAUACAAUUACACACUCCGAGAAAUAGCUACUUGCGAAGAAAAUCUAUUAGACAUGGACAAUGUGAUAAAACUAGCAGGUAGUAGACAGUUGACACUGAAUGAAGCAGCUAGUAAUAGUUCAGUUACGGGCCCUCAAGGGUAUCAGCGUUGCCAUUGUAAGACUGGUUGUAAUAAUAAGCGUUAUGUUUGCCGUGGGGCUGAAAAAUUAUGUAAUAGUAAAUGUCAUAGGAGUAUAACUUGUAAAAACAAAUAA